GCAGACUUUUCACUUUCAGAGCUGGGACAGAAGCCUCAGCUCUAUGCACACGAAACAAGUGCUCACUUGCCCAGCCCUGAGAGACUUUGCAACGGGGAUUCAGCGCAAAGACUGAAAAAGAAGCGAAGCAGGCUUCCAGCAAGGCAGGGACCUCACAGACAGAACGGGGAGGAAAAUGAAGCUCCCGAUUUUCAUAGCAGAUGCUUUCACGGCAACCGCUUUCCGUGGCAACCCUGCUGCCGUCUGCCUCCUGGAAAAUGCACUGGCUGAAGAUGCCCAUCAACAGAUCGCGAGGGAAAUGAACCUCUCUGAAACGGCUUUCGUCAGGAAACUGCAACCAAGCGACAACUUCACACAAAGUUCCUGCUUUGGACUGAGGUGGUUUACACCAAUGAGUGAGGUUCCUCUGUGCGGUCACGCCACCCUGGCCUCUGCGGCUGUGCUGUUUCACAAGAUAAAGAACACAAACAGCACUCUAACCUUUGUCACUAUGAGCGGGGAGCUCAAGGCCAGAAGAGCAGAGGACGGGAUUGUCUUGGACUUUCCUCUGUACCCAGCCUUCCCCCAGGACUUCCAUGAGGUGGAAGACUUGAUAAAGACGGCCAUAGGUGACACCGUGGUCCAGGAUAUCCGGUACUCUCCAGAUACCCGAAAACUCCUGCUCCGGCUCAGCGAUUCUUACGACAGGUCCUUUCUGGAGACCCUGAGGGUGAACACAGAACCUCUGCCUCGAAUGGAAAAGACAGGGAAGGUGAAAGGACUCAUUCUCACUCUCAGAGGAGAGCCUGAGGGGCAGACACCCCACUAUGACUUCUACUCCCGGUACUUUGCACCAUGGGUUGGUUUGCCUGAAGACCCCGUGACAGGAGCUGCACACACUGUUCUGAGCAGUUACUGGUCCCAGCAGCUUGGGAAGAGAGAAAUGCGAGCCUUUCAGUGUUCCCGCCGAGGAGGAGAACUGGACAUUUCCCUGCGACCUGAUGGGCGAGUUGACCUGAAGGGUGGCGCUGCUGUUGUCUUAGAGGGCACGCUGACCGUCUAGAGACGCUUAUGCACUUACGCUGGGCUGUGGCCGCCACUAAACAUGGUGUUUUCUCUACACUACAAAACAAACCAAAAACUAAACCAACAACAAAUGCCCAGAGCUUGCUUCAGCAAACCCACUGACCAGUACCCUCAACUGUGGAGAACAGAAAGGGAAACCAUUUGAUGGAGGCAGGAUAGCAUCUCCAGGCUCCUUAGCUGAUGAAGGGCUCUGGCCUCUGCCUGUGUGCAUUUUCAGGAAUCCACAGCAGGCAGCGAUGCUGCCACUUCUUUUGAUCAUGACUGCCAAUCAAAGAGAUCAAAACGCCUUUAAUCCCAGCAUUUGGGAGGCAGAAGCAGGACAGCCAGAGCCACACACAGAGAAACCCUGUCUCAGAAAAACCAAAACAAACAAACAAAAAAAACCAAAACAAACAAACAAACAAAAAGCAAUCCAUUGAUAAGAAGUCAGAUGAGGCCAUUUAAAUUUAGGCACGGAUACCUGAUAGAGUAUCUCACAGACAUUCAGAAGAGUUAAUAGCUGCAUAGAAAAGCAAUGUUGGUAAAAUCCCAUCCCUGUGGGCCACAUAAACAUUUCCUCCCCAUUCCCUAUGUUUCCAAAGAUAAACUGAGGUACAAUGCUAUCAGAGUUCCCCCAGGGCACCAAUGAGCUAUUGGUCUUACUUCCAGAGCAUAAGUGAGGGGUUACUUACAGAGUGUGGGUGUGGCCUCCUGAAAUGUGGCCCCUUGAAAGGCUUUAUCCGUCAAUGAUGAUGACUAUCCUAUAGUGGCAGAGAUGGAAUCCCUGGGGCCUCAGUCUUUGCUGGCCUGUAUCUCCUAGCCCCUUGCUGGGGCCCUUUGCGAGUGCAUUGUUUAUCACAGGUGGGAAGAAGCUAGAUCCUCAGGUGAGGGUCCUGUGACCUCCCCAGCCCUGCAGGGAGGAGAGGGAACAGUUCACUAGCCCAGCUGGGAUGAACCUUUGCAAGUGGGCACAGCUGAACUCCUGAAGACUGCAGUUGCUUGUCUCAGUAUCAUCCUGAGCAACGUGCAGGAAAACAUUUCACGAUGUAAUCGUGCUAGGAAAGGAAACACGGGGAGGCCGAGAACUGUUAGGGAGGUUGGCCUAUGAUUGGUGGGGUGUUUGGAUUUGUGUGGGCUGUAAGGAGAGCAAAUUGGAACAGUUCAUUUUUGGGGGGGGGGGACAAUGUAAAGGAAUUUCAGUGUAGCUAAAAAACAAAUCAAAACAUAACAACAACAACAACAACAAAACCCAAUGAUUUGGGGGCUAGCAAGAUGGCUGAGUGAAUGAAGCGCUUGACAUUAAGGUUGACAACCUGAAUUUGACUUCUGGGACUCAGAAAUAGACAGAGAACACACUCUGCACAUUUUCCUCUGACUCACAUGCACAUAGAUGCUGUAGCGUGCACACACCCACACAUAUACGUGCAUAUACAAAAUAAACAAAUAAAUGUGAUAAAAAUAA